CUGACACCUCUCUCAAACACAAUUCAGCUAUGGGAUGAGGCAGAUACAGCUCGCAGCAAUCCUCGCGUAAAAAAAAGAAGUUUCUCAAACGAAUUUCAAAUCAAAGAUAGUUUCAAGGGAACACCACGAAAACGCACUUCACCCCACGUCUGUUAAAAAUGUAAAAAUUAUGGGUUAAUUUCACGUAUGCGUGUAAUUCAAAGAAUCAAUCUGAAGCAAUCAAUCAAUAUCAAAACUGAAAGAACCAAGAACACAUUCACUACACCAAAGAAAUAUCCGAUGUCAAAAUGCCGAUCGAACUGCUCGUUGUUCUCGUACUAAUCAUCGUAUUCCUGAUUUCAUUCUGCAGUUUUCUCCAGAGACUACGAAGACAUUAUGAAAGUGAAAUCCAUUCUAAUCGUGCCAGUGACAUGGAAUCCGGAUUCACGAAUGAUGGGAUGCAAGUAGAGGAUAUUAUUCACCAAGGAAUUUAUCCAUCGACAUUGGCACCACCUCCAGCAUAUUCAGAAUACGAUCUGCCACCGAAAUACGAUGAGGUUAUGAGGAUAUCCAAGGAAACGUUGCCGAAAGUCCAUGGAAUCGAGAGGCAUUAAAUAUCAUUAAUAGAAUUAAUCACAUAUUUUACACAAAAAGUCAUUAAAGUCAGUAACAAGUAUUGUUUUUUUUUUUAAAUUUGUAUAAUAUUAUAUAACUUUUAAUACUUGACUAUAAGAA